ACACACAGAAGAAAGGAGGGGACUGCUGACGUCACGGCUGAGCUGAACAUCUGCCAGCUAAGAGGACGAGCUCGUUCUCCGAGCAGCGCAACUUUCCACACGCGCACUCUUCUGCAGUGCGGAAAAUACCGAGCGCAGCGUGCAACCUCUAUAGUCCAGAAAGAGAAGCGCAUCAUCCUCCCGCUCCCUCCUUCCGUUAGCGCUCCAGCCUGGUUUCAGCACCGCGGGAUGCACCCGGGAAGCCGCGCCUGCUGAGGAAAUUCGCAUUCGGGAAAUCGCGACUAUGGACUCGGCAGAUCUGCGCACAUCCGGGCCACUGCGUCGGGACUCCAUUAUUGUGAAUUAACUCUGAAAGUAACUGGCUAGCACACUAGCAUAGCAUAACGUAGCCGGAGCGACGAGGGGAAAAAUAAUCUGACAGUGUAUUAUCUAUAAUUAAAAACAAAAAAUUUAACGCGGAAAUUCUGCUCUCAAAGUGGAAAGUUAAAGGAGAUGUCGAAUCAAGGGGGAAGGAGAAAUGGACCCGUGAAGCUGCGAUUAACAGUGCUCUGUGCGAAGAAUCUAGCGAAGAAAGACUUCUUUCGCCUGCCUGACCCUUUUGCCAAAGUGGUGGUGGAUGGUUCAGGGCAGUGUCACUCCACAGACACUGUGAGAAACACUCUUGACCCCAAAUGGAACCAACACUAUGACUUAUACAUCGGGAAGUUGGACUCCAUCACUAUUAGCGUGUGGAACCAUAAGAAAAUUCACAAAAAGCAGGGCGCUGGCUUUCUGGGCUGUGUACGGCUCCUCUCCAACUCUAUCAACCGUCUCAAAGAUACAGGCUAUCAGAGAUUGGAUCUAAACAAGCUGGGACCCAAUGACAGUGAUACAGUGAGGGGUCAGAUAGUAGUGAGUCUUCAAUCUCGAGACAGGAUUGGCACUGGUGGGCCUGUGGUGGACUGCAGCCGACUUUUUGACAAUGAUCUACCUGAUGGCUGGGAGGAAAGGAGAACAGCAUCUGGUCGAAUUCAGUACCUGAACCAUAUCACACGCAGCACGCAGUGGGAGAGACCAACCAGGCCGGCGUCAGAAUACUCAAGUCCCGGUCGUCCUCUUAGUUGUUUGGUCGAUGAAAACACACCCAUUAUGACACCCAAUGGGGCAGCGGUUGCUCAGGCAGGCGAGCUGCGAGUGCAGGAGCGGCGUGUGCGGUCACAGCGGCAUCGAAAUUACAUGAGCCGUACUCACCUGCACACACCACCAGAUCUUCCAGAGGGCUACGAGCAGCGGACCACACAGCAGGGCCAGGUGUACUUCCUGCACACUCAGACGGGCGUCAGCACGUGGCAUGACCCCAGAGUGCCGAGGGAUCUUAGUAAUGUGAAUUGUGAGGAGCUGGGUCCACUGCCUCCAGGUUGGGAGAUUCGGAACACAGCUACGGGCCGUGUUUACUUUGUUGACCACAACAACAGAACGACACAAUUUACGGACCCACGGCUCUCUGCCAACCUUCACCUUGUCCUCAAUCCCAGUCCUAAUGGUUCACGAAGCGCUGGUGAGACUCCAAACAGUCGUGUGGGUCAGCUGAAAGAGCAGGCCCAGUCGGUGCUGUCUCCCGGGAAUCUGCCAGAUGAUGCCGAGUGUCUUACUGUGCCCAAGUACAAAAGAGACCUGGUGCAGAAGCUGAAGAUCCUCCGGCAGGAGCUUUCCCAGCAGCAGCCACAGGCAGGGCACUGCCGCAUUGAGGUGUCCCGUGAGGAGAUUUUCGAGGAGUCAUAUAGACAGGUAAUGAAGAUGAGGCCAAAAGACCUUUGGAAAAGACUAAUGGUGAAGUUCAGAGGAGAAGAAGGACUGGAUUACGGAGGCGUAGCAAGAGAGUGGUUAUACCUUCUGUCUCAUGAGAUGUUGAACCCAUACUAUGGACUUUUCCAGUAUUCACGUGAUGACAUCUACACGCUACAGAUCAACCCAGAUUCUGCUGUUAAUCCGGAACACUUGUCCUAUUUUCACUUUGUGGGCCGCAUAAUGGGUAUGGCCGUGUUCCACGGGCACUACAUCGAUGGCGGCUUCACUCUACCCUUCUAUAAGCAGCUGCUUGGCAAACCCAUCACUCUGGAUGAUAUGGAGUCUGUGGAUCCUGAUCUCCACAAUAGUCUUGUCUGGAUCCUUGACAACGACAUCACAGGGGUUUUAGACCACACAUUCUGUGUUGAACACAAUGCAUAUGGCGAGAUCAUUCAGCAUGAGCUGAAACCCAAUGGCAAGAGCAUUGCGGUCACUCAGGACACCAAGAAGGAAUACGUCAGGCUUUAUGUGAACUGGCGCUUCCUGAGAGGCAUCGAGGCUCAGUUUUUAGCCCUGCAAAAAGGCUUUAAUGAGGUCAUACCGCAACAUCUGCUCAAAGCCUUCGACGAAAAAGAGCUAGAGCUUAUCGUCUGUGGCCUGGGUAAGAUUGAUGUUAAUGACUGGAAGUCCAACACACGGUUGAAGCACUGCACCCCUGACAGCAACAUUGUGAAGUGGUUCUGGCGUGCUGUUGAGUCAUUUGAUGAGGAGCGCAGAGCUCGACUAUUGCAGUUUGUCACGGGUUCAUCUAGAGUCCCACUGCAGGGUUUCAAAGCCCUACAAGGAGCUGCCGGUCCACGCUUGUUCACCAUCCAUCAGAUUGAUGCCAACACCGAUAACCUGCCUAAAGCUCACACAUGCUUUAACCGCAUUGACAUUCCUCCAUAUGAGCACUAUGACAAGCUCUAUGACAAACUCCUGACAGCCAUAGAGGAGACCUGCGGCUUUGCUGUCGAGUGAAUCCUGCCACUAGAGGGCAUGCGACAUGAGGAAGCAGUUUUUUUGGAAGGAGUAAACCAGUCACUCUACACCGCUAGGGUGUGGCGUCUGGAUCUCUAGCACUGCCCCUGUUAUCAGAAGAAGGGACAGAAUUUAGGAAUAGGUUAUUGAGGAUGGACCAUUUUGGUUUCUCUGCUUCCUUGUAUAUUUUAUUUUUUUCAUUCUUAUUGAAGAAUGGACUUCAUGUUUCAGCUGCUAGUAACUCUUUGACUUUAUACCUUUUUUGGAACAUGCGAAAAUGUUGGCUUUUCCUCUUUUGUCUUUUUUUUUAAAGCAUUAAAGGGGAAAAAAGACAGUAUUUCAUGUAGCGUCUGUACCAACUGACUGAGGAAAAAAGAGACACCGUUGAGAUACCAGCAGAACAUUGCUGCAUAAGCAUACAGAGUAGCACUACAAAUAGAAAUAUGCCAGUGGCAGCUACAUCUGUAGUGCAAGGUUUUGUGAGCAAAUAUCUUUUUGUAAAGCAAACAUUUGUGGGCCCUAUGAUGAAGGCAGUCAAAAGAUGUGUCAUACUGGCCACUUUUAAAGCUCCCACACACUAUUUCACUAUCCUGUGUUCCAUUCCCUAAUAAAUCUCACCAGUAGUCUGAUGUAGAAGUGUCUUUAAUAGAACAAAUAAAUGAUCUGAUUAGGUCGA